AUGGGGAUUCGCUUGCUUUCUUUGGUUCCUCAUGCCAAGCAAAUCCUGAAGAUUCAGUCAGGACUUACCAAAAACCAGUUAGAUGUUCCAAAAGGGCAUGUAGCAGUUUAUGUGGGAGAGAUUCAAAGGAAACGGUUCGUGGUUCCGAUAUCUUACUUAAACCAUCCGUCAUUCAAACAACUGCUCUGCCACGCAGAAGAAGAGUUCGGUUUCCAUCAUCCUCAAGGGGGCCUAACAAUUCCUUGCAAAGAAGAUGCCUUCACUGAAAUCACUUCUAGAUUGCAAGCAUCUUGA